AAUGUUGAGCGGACACUCUCUGACACAGCAGCAGCCUUUUGCUCAUUCAUACCUCCUCCCACUCCAGCGCCUCUUGCUCAGCUCCUCACAUUCUCCCUUUGGAUAAAUGAGAGAGAGGAAUGGCGUGGACGCCGCCGGCUGACAGCAUGUCACCGUUUCUGCUGAACGUGUAGCCGGUGGAGGGUUCACGGGGGGCCGGAUGGACGCAGCUGGCGGUGACAACUGGCGGAGACGCACGAGGAGCGCGCGAGCCUACCCUGGUGCACGAGCCGACGAGUCCGGCGUGCUGCGGUGUCUGAACGUGGGAAACACGGAAGGAGACCAUGACAUGGAGGAGAACAUCGGUCUGUUCAAGCAGAGCAGCAUGGAGCGGAGGGUCCGGGCGCCCCGCUACAGCCUGCUGCGGGAGGUGGGAAGGGGCACGUACGGCGUGGUGUACGAGGCUGUGGCCCGGAGGUCGGGGGCCAAAGUUGCCGUGAAGAAACUGCGAUGCGACGCACCGGAAAACGUGGAGCUCGCCCUGCAGGAGUUCUGGGCGCUGGCAAGUCUGGAGAAACGGCAUGAAAAUGUGGUGCAGCUGGAAGAAUGUGUGCUACAGAGGAACGGUAUGGCCCAGAAAAUGAGCCACGGAAAUAAACGGUCCAAACAGUACCUGCGCCUGGUGGAAACUUCGCUGAAAGGUGAGAGAGUGCUCAGUCCUCCAGAGGAGCCGUGUUACCUGUGGUUCGUCAUGGAGUUCUGUGAAGGAGGGGACCUCAACCAGUUCAUCCUGUCUCGACGGCCCGACCCACAAACUAACAGCAGUUUCAUGCUCCAGCUCACGAGCGCCGUUGCUUUCCUGCACGAAAACAACAUUGUGCACAGAGACCUCAAACCAGACAACAUCCUUAUUUCAGAGAAGUCAGGCACUCCGGUUCUCAAGGUGGCUGACUUUGGCCUGAGUAAAGUUUGCGCUGGUUUAGGAAAUGCCAGCGAGGGCAAAGAGGGAGAAGACAAGAAUAAAAACGUCAACCUCAACAAGUACUGGCUGUCAUCUGCGUGUGGCUCAGACUUCUAUAUGGCUCCAGAGGUGUGGGAGGGCCACUACACAGCCAAAGCUGACAUAUUUGCUCUGGGUAUCAUCAUCUGGGCUAUGUUGGAGAGAAUUACUUUCAUUGAUGCAGAGUCUAAGCGGGAGCUGCUUGGAACAUACGUGAGACAGGGAGCGGACAUUGUACCAGUGGGUGAAGCACUGCUAGAGAAUCCAAAGAUGGUACUGAACAUCCCAUUGAAACGCAGGUCGUGCAUGUCGGAUGAAGUUAGGAAACUUCUUCAAGACAUGCUUGCUGUCAACCCUCAGGACCGGCCUGAUGCUUUCGAGUUGCAGGCCAGAAUGGACCAGGUUAUGUACGUAACAUGACCCUCAACCAGACUGUUAUACAGACAUGUGUUGCUGCCUGGAGCUGUGACGCCAUCAAGAGUCUCCCUGCGUUAAAUCUGAAGACUGUGAAGAUAAAGGAGAAUCAAAGGAAAGCGGUUCCGCUGCAGUUUAGAUGCUGAAAAUGGGAUUUUUGUUUUCUUUGAGCUUUUUGACAGUGAGAUCAUCAGCCAGGUCUGAUGGAAAAUGUCUUGCCUGGAUGUUGUAACUGAUGUAACUGAAGUAGCCACAGCUCUUUCAGAGAAUAGAGGUCUGGAGAAAUUCCCACUGUAAACUUGCCAUGGUGACGCUGUGUUCGCCUCAGCACUAUAAUCUUUCAUGAAAACACUGACAAUCACAUAGCAACUGCUGCUGUAAACUUCUCACUUCCUGUGGAGGAGUAUGUGUUAUUUAAUCUACAACUUGAGUAAAGCCUGGUCCUGUGUGAGAUGUUUCACUUCAUUGAGGGUCAGGACUGUGUCGAUGUAUCUCUAAUGGAUGAAUGUUUUUGCAACAGUGAGCAUCAGACUUGAUGGCUUUAAGUAACAACAGAACACGGUGUCACCUGCCUUGUCUUUGGUUUAAAUUUCUCCCGACAUCUGUUGCUUUCCUCUGAGGUACACUACGUAGAUGCUACGGUUAAUCAGUAGGCAUGGAUGCAUAAAAUGCUAUGUGUAGUUUUUUAUUUUGAUGUCAAUAUCAUGAUAUCGUUAAAUUACACAAAAUUCAGUGUAGAGAGUUUUGGCUAAUCCUGUGAAUUAAUACUUAAUGCAAAAAAAAAUAAAAAAUCCUGAUAAUUCAAUAUUGUAAUUAAGUAAUGAUGCAACCAGAGCUUUUAAAGAGAUACACCACAGUAUGAGCAGCAUAGACAAUUUUGUGAUAGUGGACAAACAACCCUGCUAGCCAUUGUUAUAAUUCCAGGUAUUUUUAGCCUGUGUUAAUCCUGAUGCGAUCCUGUUUUGAUUAGUCCAUCAGCCUGCAGGCAGAGGAAUCAAUGGAAUAUCUGUCACUCCAAAAAAUACAGCAGUUGCUAAUCAUUUUAUCUAGAAAAUAGUAAGAGUACAGCGCAUGUGGGGGACAUUCAAGAUGGAGACUGGGCUACAUGUGUGCUCUCAGUUAGGUUACAUCUCCAUCUUGUAGACUCUGGUUACAAAUGACCCACACAAGAUGGUAUCAACCAUUUCUAAGAUAUUUAGAUUUCACUUUUAGACAGUUGGUGGAAAUAGUGACGUGUUGUCCAUGUUUAUGCAGUCUAUGAUUUGAUGCGACUUUGUUCUUGGACUAGUGUCGAGAGCAGCUUAUUUUUCUGUCUCUCCUUGAAAUUCCACUUCACGGACACAUUGCAGGUCUAAUUUUCUCCUCAGGUCAGUUUGGCUAAAGAUUAAGAGCUUCAUCUUUUUCAUCUUGAUUUAGCACUCCAAGCACAUUAUUAAGGGAUCAUUGUGAUUUAUGUAGCUCACUAUUCACUAUGUUCUUCACUAGUUAAAGCAUCAUUAGGGAUGAGGAAUGAAACAUGUAAUUUGCCUCACCAAAAAAAAAUAAAAAUCAGUUACCAUGUGGUAAUUUGUCAUGAGCCAUGAAUUAACAGGACGCAUGCAUUUGAGUGAUUUUCAGUAAAGCGUUUAUUUGUAACGUCACAUUUUCAAAGGGAACUACAGAUGAUGUUUGAACUGUGCCUGUUAAAGGUCUAUUGUGUAGGAUUUACAGGGAUCUGUUGGCAGAAAUGGAAUCUGUUAUUCACAAGUCAGUGUUUAAUCACCUGAAAGUAAGAAAUGCUGUGUUUUCAUUUCCCUAGAAUAAAGCCUUGUGUGCACGGAGCGGGCCAUCCACAUAGUCCACCUUGUUGUACUGCCAUUUCCUCAGUUACUCGGAGCGGGCCACCAUUGGUUCUCCUUUUGUCUGGAGCCUUACCAUUACAUACCACCAAAUCCUACACUCUGCACCUUUAAAGAUACGAAGCCAGUAGUUUUACAAAAAUUAGGACACAUUUUGCUUUCUAAAUUGAUAUGAACCACACAGUAAGAAGUCCUGUGAUCAAAAGUAGAAUGUGAAAAAUAGUGAGUUUGGAGUUGUUUUGGGAAAUGUGUACAAUGAACCACAGUUGAAAACUUGCUGAUCUCAGAGUCUGUGGUUCUUAACUUGGACAUGGAAUGACUCCAAAGUUUUCUAUUUAAUUAUACUACCUCGUGUUUAUGCACAUUUUCACCAUUUCUUUACUGAGCUAUUGUUUUCAUUUUUCCAACAAAGACAUUCCUCAGUUAGAGAAGAAACUUGCCGGAUUUCAUUUUCAUGUCAAGUGAUGUGUGUUUGUUGGCUGUGUGAUGAGUUUUCCUGGAUGUGAUGAUGUGCUUAAAAAGUACUGGAUAAAUGUACAGUUGUGAUCAAAAGCUUGUAAAGACCAUGUAUGUCGUGGCAGUGUUGAGUUUUCAGUGACGCUUAAAACUUUCCUUUGUUGGGGUCAUUGAAACACAGUCAUGCAUUUUGGUUCUUUAACAGAUUUAUUGCAGGUCCUCUGGAUAUAUGUCACAAUCUGAUUGGUCAAAAAAUAUACGCACAUCAACUUGAAUUAUCAGUUUUGGUGAUAAAGAAAACUGUUAAACAAAUUUUCUUAGUGGCAUGGCCUCUUAGCUUCUCAUAAGUGGUUACGAUUGACUCCAGCUGAUGAGUCCUCUGAGCCUGUUUAAAGGCUCAUUUGAUCCACUCAUCAGACAUAAACGCUCCUGUGGGAAAGCACAAACCAUCACCUGCUGAGAGACAAUUGGUCAGAAUAGUAAAGACUCAACCAAAAAGCAGGUCCGCAAUGAAUUAAAAGCUGCUGGAACACAGAUGUCAGCAGCGUCCGUAGUCACACAUGUUCCACAUCGCCAUGAGUCCUUCCUAUAGAGGCGGUACCUCACGGCUCUGCUGAAGUUCGCUGCUUGCAUGAUUGCUUCAUGUGUUUGGAUGAAAAUUUAGUCACUGGACGCUCACAACUGUCAUGAUGUUCAUGGUCUUUAGUGGAUGUAAACUUUGGCUCACAACUGUAAAAGCAUCACAGAUUUUGAAUGAGCUGUAGGAUUGUCUCUGUUUUUCCUGAUGCACUGGGAAAACUGUGUUUACACUGAUGCAGAUGUUUACACACCUUUAGGUCACUUCCUGUACUUCUGUGAAUGACAUACCUCAGUUUCCCUCCUUUAUUUCACUAAUGUAUGAAUAUUUUGUUGACAUGAUAAUCUUGAACUGGAGUAGAGCUGAUGGAGGAGCCAAGCUUGACAUGAUCAGCUCAGACAUUCUUUUCAUUUUUGGGACUUAUUCAGAGUUUUGAUUUAUUGUAUUUUAAUUUAGAGGGAUAUUCUUAAAUGUCAAGCAGUUUCAGCAAAGUGUCAAGUGUUCCCUUUGAUGCAGAUGAAGCUGCCUCUGGAUGUUUUCCUUGAUGCUGGGAUAAUGAGAACAUAAUGUUUGACUAAACUCUAAUGACUGAUGGAUCACUUGUUUUACAUGCAACACUCUUCUAUGCAACUCUGCCUGCUUGGAGACACUGUGGAACAAUCCAAUCCAGGACUGGCUCGUCUAGGUUUAGUCCUCUGCUUCUGACUUUAUUUGUUUUAGCAGAAUUUACAGUUCUUGGUUGUACAUGGUUGCUACUAAAGCUAUUUGUUUCAGUUGAAAUGUUUUUGUUUUUGCUGACUUUGUACAUAUCAGAGCUCUGUUUCAAUAAAGGUGGAAAUGCCACAAAUCUG